AUGUCGAAAGGGGUACCUCCUACCUCCCCUGAUCACAUUACCGAUGAAGAAUCUCCAUUAUGCAAGAAACCCGUCCGGAUUCAAAUGAAGUGCGGAGACAUUAAUGAUCUCGGUUUUCGUUUAAUUGACCGAAAGGCUGAGCUCAGCCAGAGCUGGGACGAUAUGUUCGACAUCCGAAUUACGUGUCCAGCACACCCUCCUAAUGUGGCAUCAUCCAGAUACCACAGAUUGAAGGAAGAGACAGCAAAUCGAGAAGUUCUGACCGAAGAGAUUUACAGCACAAUUGUGACACCAGCUAUCUCCAAAGUUAUCAACGGCUACAAUUUUACUGUCUUUGCAUACGGACAAACAGGUGCUGGGAAAACAUACACAAUGGAGGACGAUUAUAAUGAUCAAACUUACAAUGAGUGGCCAGUACUUUCACGUGCAGGCAUCAUUCCUCGUGCCGUUGGCGAUAUUUAUCGAAAAUUGAAAAAAUGUUUAUUGACCUUGGGACGAGUUAUUUAUGCUUUGACUAUCAAAUCUCCCCAUAUUUCUUACCGAGAGAGCAAACUGACAAGAAUCCUCAAAGAUUCAUUUGGAGGGACCACUAAAACAGCAAUGACAGUCAACAUUUCCCCAGCUGGAAGUUGCCUAGAAGAGACAAUCAACUCACUCGAUUCUGCCAAAAGAGCACAAAAUAUUAAAAAUACGCCUGAAAAGAACCCCAAAAUAGAAAAAAGCCAGCUUACUCAGGUUUGUGAUGGUGGAUUGUGAUUUUUAGUUGUACGAAUUAGAGAUUGCUUCUCUUAAGGCUGAAAUGAUGGACAUUACUAACAAAAAUUCACUUUAUAUAACUGACGAGCGAUAUCGGUGGAUUAUUUGAUUUAUUCUAUAAAUCAGUCCGGGAAACAACUCGGAUUCAUAACUGCAAAUAAGUGAGAGAAAUGCCUGCACAAAUGUUUGUGUGCAUAGUAAAGUCCUUCCAACUGGAGUGCGAACUGCACAUCCGACGACCCGACCAUAUUCUGAAUUUUGAACUCAGAAAACACCGCCUACAGCAAUGGCUCGACUAAACCACCGGAAAUCCCAACUUCUGGACAAUACGAGCGUACUUCCUGGCUGCCCACUUGGCCUUUUCUUCACUCUUAGCCCCUGUGCACACCAUUUUGCCAGAACUGAAGAUCAGGGCAGUGGUCCUCGGGUCCCUAAUCCUCAUAAUCACUGCCGCAAAUCGCUUUUGGUUGUAUUCUGCAUUGUAGAGCGAUGUGUUUCAAGUCAAGUUUGACCCAAGGUUGAGAGUACAGACG